AGUAACCACACCCACAGCUUUUAAAUACGGGCUUGUGAAAGAACCCUCUCACUCUCACACACGGGCAACACCAUUGUGGGUCUGGAACAGAGGAAUAGGGAUUAACUUAACAUUGGUCUGUCACAUCACGUCUUUCCUGUCUGUUGGAAGGUUAGAAGAUGGCUGUGAAUAAGUGUAUCAAGUACUUGCUCUUCCUCUUCAAUCUACUGUUCUGGAUCAGUGGCUGCGUCAUUCUUGGUGUGUCCAUCUACCUCAAAGUGAGCAAGAAUGGAAACGUGAUAAUGGAUGAGGCCGUGCCAUUUGUAGACCUGCUGAUAGCUGUUGGAGUCAUCAUCAUGGUACUGGGCUUCCUGGGCUGCUGUGGAGCCAUUAAGGAAAACCGCUGCAUGCUCAUUCUGUUCUUCGUCGGGCUGCUCCUCAUCUUCAUCCUCCUGUUGAUCGCCGGAAUCCUGGGAGCUGUCGGAGAGAAGAAGUCUCAGGUGUGGGUGAAGGAGAGUCUGGCGAAGCUGCUACCACUGAAGGACCAGAAGCCUGAAAUUCAAAUGGACCUGCAGAAACUGGAAGUGGAGGCAAAGUGCUGUGGACUGAUCAACGGACCCUCUGACUGGGGCUCCUCUGUCCCCAGCUCUUGUGACUGCGUUGACACCGCUCAGGUGUGCCAAAGUGCAGGCGGACGCAAAGUGUACUCAACGCCUUGUGUCAAGUUUAUGACUUCCUUCAUGGAGAAGAACGCAAUCAUCGCCCUGGGGAUUGCAUUUGGUAUCGCAGUCUUGAUGCUCUUUGGAAUGGCCUUCGCCAUGACCCUGUACUGCCAGAUUGGAAAGAGGGACGCCAACACUACCUAAUACAGCAACACGUGAUACACUUGAUCUAAGGUUGUGGUCAAGUUGAAUUGGAAGUCAUCAAUUCAGGAAGUCAACAGAAACAAAAAAAAACGGAAUCUAUUUUCAAUGAUUUCUCAAACUGAAAAGCAGAAGUUAUUUAUUACAAGUUUUUACAUUAGAAUUUUCAUACAAUGCUCUUCCUCAAUUGACUGACUUCGAUUCACAUUGACACCAAUCCUGUCUUGAUCAACAGCUGGCUUUGACAUAUCCCAUACAGCAUGCAUCAUGUAUUUGUUACUGAACGUUGGGGUUCAAAUCCAGUCAAUUCAGGAAGUACACUGAAA